AUGACUGCCCCUCGUACACUUGAAAGGGAAGAACCAAAUUAUUACGGUGCAGGUCCUGCUCUUUUACCCACCGAUGUUUUGCAACAAGCGGCUUACGACUUGAUUUCAUACCAUGGUGACUCUGUUGGUGUUGGGGAGAUUUCGCAUAGAUCAAAACCAGCUACCGCAAUAAUUGAUAAUACAAAGAAUAAUUUGAAGCAAUUGUUGAGCAUUCCUGAUGAUUAUGAAGUAUUCUUUCUUCAAGGAGGUGGUACUGGUGGAUUUUCAGCCAUUGUACAAAACAUGAUGGCACAUUAUGCAAAGAAAACUGGCCGCAAGGGGAAAGCUGCAUAUGCUGUUACAGGUUCCUGGUCGGCCAAAGCAUUAGAGGAAGCCAAGAGAUUGGGUUUCGAUGCCUAUCCAGUAGUUAACACCAAGAGUGAGCACUAUAGCGAUAUUCCUCCAUUCUCCAAAUGGGAACAGAUCAAAGAGGAUACAGCUUACUUGUGGGUUUGUGAUAACGAAACAGUUCAUGGCAAUGAAUUCCAGACUGUUCCAGACUCGUCCUACUUGCCAAAAGAUGUGCCCUUGAUUGCCGAUAUGUCGUCCAAUAUUUUGUCGAAGGAAAUUGAUGUUAGCAAAUAUGGUGCUAUAAUGGCAGGGGCUCAAAAGAACAUUGGAAUUGCUGGAUUAACAAUAUAUAUUGUCAGGAAAGAUCUCUUGGAUCAAGCCACAGACGAACAAUUAAAGAGUUUAGAUAUUUCCUUGCUGCCUAUUGCAUUCAGCUUCCCCGUUGUCGUUAAAAACAAUUCUGCUUACAACACAAUCCCCUUGUUCACAUGUCAAAUUUUGAAAUUAGUCACUGAAAAGUUGAUCAAAGAAGGCGGGGUUAAGGCAGUGGAAAAAACUAACAAUCAAAAGGCAAAGUUGUUAUACGAUGCAUUGGAUGCAACAUCCAACUUCUACACUUUGCCCGUCAAGAACCCCAAUGUGCGCUCCAAUAUGAACGUGGUAUUCAAAACUCCAAGCGAAGAAUUGGAUGCGAAAUUUGUUAAGGAUGCUGAGACACAACAGUUGAAAGGGUUGAAAGGACACAGGUCCGUUGGUGGAAUUAGAGCUUCCAUUUACAAUGCUGUGACUCUUGAAAGCGUUGAAAAACUUGUGCAAUUUGUUAAGGAUUUUGCUGAGAAAAAUGCGUAA